UUUAUAGAUGGUCUGUCCCAUGCAUCCUAUUUAAUCCCGACUCUCCAUCGCGAUAUUCAUCGCUGCUCUCUGCAAGCACUCGGACUCACCACUGGGAAUCUUUCUGAGAAACUUGAGCAAAGCAGGUUUAGAGCCAAGAUGUCCGCCGAUCGGUUUGAUUGCCAUUAUUGCAAGGACUCCUUGCUGGGGAAGAAGUACAUUCUGAAAGAUGACACUCAGUACUGCACCAAGUGCUACGAGAACUUGUUCGCUAACUGCUGUCAGCGAUGUUCCCUUCCCAUUGGAUGCAACACCAAGGAUCUGUCCUAUAAGGACCAACACUGGCACGAGGAGUGCUUCCAGUGCGCCAAAUGCAGCCGCUCGCUGGUGGAAAAGCCCUUCGCCGCCAAGGAUGACCAGCUGCUCUGCACAGACUGCUACGCCAAUGAAUACUCCUCCAAGUGCAACACCUGCAAAAAAACGAUCAUGCCAGGCGCACGCAAAAUGGAGUACAAGGGCAACAGCUGGCACGAGACCUGCUUCAUGUGCCACCGCUGCCAGCAGCCAAUAGGAACCAAGUCCUUCAUCCCCAAGGACAACAGCUACUACUGCGUGGCGUGCUUCGAGAAGCAGUUCGCCUACCAGUGCUGCUCCUGUAAAAAGGCUAUAACCACUGGCGGGGUGACCUACCACGAUAAGCCCUGGCACCGCGAGUGCUUUCUGUGCAUCGGCUGCAAGAAGCAGCUGGCGGGGCAGAGAUUCACCUCCAGAGACAACUACCCCUACUGCCUGGACUGCUUCGGCAACCUCUAUGCCAAGAAGUGCGUUGGCUGCACAAAGCCCAUCUCGAGUCUGUCAGGGGCAAAGUACAUUUCAUUCGAGGAGCGUCAGUGGCACAGCGAGUGCUUCAACUGCAUGAAGUGUUCCAUGUCCCUGGCCGGCCGUGGCUUCCUCACCCUCCGCGAUGACGUCGUCUGCACUGACUGCGGGCGGGAAAAGUGAACAGCACGCGUUGCCUGUCACCGUUUGGGUUUCAUCACUUCUGAAAUGUACGGGGCAGAUUUAGUCAAAGCAGGGGUAGUUUGCUUAUUCCGUUUCUCUCCCCAUCUGUAGCUAUGAUCAUAGGGGCAGCUAUGAACCUGAAAUUGGAAAUAGGCCUACGGUAUGUUUUCAGAAUGUCAAAAAUGCAUUUCAGUCAUCAGCAGUUAUAACUAUAGAUGCGGCUAUAAUGAAGAAAAGAUAUGGAGAUAUUGUAUGUUUUUGGAAUACUAAAAACAGUUUGGAAUUACCAAAAUAAUAAUUAUAAUAACAAUAAGAAAUAAUAAUAAAGCAAGGUGACAUUUCUUGAUAGGUUCAGGGAAGGGAAGAUAUCAUAUAUCAGUGUUUGCUUAUGGUAGAUCUCCAAAGAGAAACUGAUGUUUUGAAGCAUAGAUGCACAGAGGUACUGUUUGGUUUUAUUUUAUUUUUAGUUUUGUUUAAAAGUCCUCCACUCUCCUUACCAGCCUGUCAUAACCUCAAAAGGGAUUUCUUAAUAUAGGCCUUCAACAUUGUGCUACUGGUGCAGGAGGGCAGCAGCACCUAGAAGCUUUGAUUCUAGAGAGGCAGAAAUCCACCUUGUUCUGUGAAACAUUGUCAAGAUAUCCCUAGUGUGGAAAGUGUUAUUGAAGGCCAUGAUACUUGUUGUGUUGCUUUACAGCCUUACAGGAUAGCUAGAGUAAUCCUUGUGUAUUCUAACUCAUUGCAUUGUUUUCUAUAUAA